GACAGCAGUUAUGACAUAUACAAUGCUGUGUAUGCCGUGACCCAUGUCUUUCAUGAGAUACUUCUUCAGCAGGUAGAAAAUCAGCCAGUUGACAAUUGGAAAGUACAUGCUUUUAUCUACUUGAAAAUGCACUCCAUUCUGAGAAAGACCCAAUUCACUAAUCCUAUUGGAGAUAAAGUGAAUAUGAACCAGAAAGAAAAACUACAGGAUGAGUGUGACAUCUUCCACAUUAGAAAUUUCCCACAUGGCCUUGGACUUAAGGUGAAGAUAGGAAAGUUUAGCCCAUAUUUCCCACAUGGUCAACAGCUGCAUUUAUCUGAAGACAUGAUAGAGUGGGCCACAGGAAGUAGACAGAUGCCACCCUCUGUAUGCAGUGCUGAUUGCAGUCCUGGGUUCAGAAAAUUCUGGAAGGAGGGAAUGGCAGCCUGCUGUUUUGAUUGCAUCCUCUGCCCAGAAAAUGAAAUUUCUAAUGAGACAAAUAUGGAUCAGUGUGUAAAGUGUCCAGAAGACCAGUAUGCCAACACAGAGCAGAGCCACUGCAUGCACAAAGCUGUGAUCUUUCUGAGCUACAAAGACCCCUUGGGGGUGGCUCUGGUCUUAGUGACCUUGUGCUUCUCUGCAUUCACAGCUCUGGUUCUUGUAGUAUUUAUGAAAUACAAUGAAACUGCCAUUGUGAAGGCCAAUAACCGCACUCUGAGCUACAUCUUACUCAUGUCACUCAUGCUCUGUUUCCUCUGUUCCUUCCUCUUCAUUGGUCAUCCGAACUCAGUCACCUGUAUCCUGCAGCAAAUCACAUUUGGAGUUGUAUUCACUGUGGCUGUUUCCACUGUGUUAGCCAAAACAAUCACUGUGGUUCUGGCUUUCAAAGUCACAGCUCAUGGAAGGAGGAUGAGGUCCUUUCUGGUUUCAGGGGCUCUUAACUAUAUCAUCCCCCUCUGUACCCUCAUCCAAAUUAUUCUCUGUUCAAUCUGGCUAGGAUUUUCUCCUCCCUAUGUUGAUAUUGAUGCACACUCUGAGCAUGGCCACAUCCUCAUUGUCUGCCACAAGGGUUCAGUUGUUGCAUUUUAUUGUGUCCUGGGAUACUUGGGCUGCCUGGCCCUGGGAAGCUUCACUGUGGCUUUCAUGGCCAGGAACCUGCCUGACACAUUCAAUGAAGCCAAGUACUUGACAUUCAGCAUGCUGUUGUUCUGCAGUGUCUGGAUCACUUUCCUCCCUGUUUACCAUAGCACCAAGGGCAAGAUCAUGGUAGCUGUGGAGAUUUUUUCUAUCUUGGCUUCCAGUGCAGGGAUGCUGGGAUGCAUCUUUGUUCCCAAGUUAUACAUAAUUUUGUUAAGACCAGACAGAAAUUCUAUUCAAAAGAUCAGGGCGAAAUCAUACUCCUAA